GAAGGAAUAAGCAGAUUGGUUGAAACAGAUUUGAUAAUGAAGAUGAAAGUAAGCUAGUUGAAUUUCUACAUUCGGAUAAGUUGGGUAAAAUGGAGAUUUAGUAAAGCAGAACUUCACCUUUGGAGAAAUGGAUUUAAAAUACUGUUUUAUAUUACUGUUUGGUAUCAUAAAUGAGAUACUACAAGUCUCAGGAAUUGCACCUAAAGGUCAUCCUAGAGAGAUGAAAACAAAAUCAGUGGAAAAAAAUCUUAUUAGAAUGUUAUUAAAUCGAUAUGAACAAUUUGGUGUAAUUGGACGACCAGUAAAUGACAGCAAAAUUAAAGUUGAUGUUCGUUAUGGAUUACAACUUUUCCAAAUUUUGGAUUUAGAUGAAAAUAAACAAAUUUUACGAACUAAUUGUUGGUCGAUGUAUAAAUGGACAGAUUCUCUUCUUCGUUGGAAUGAAAGUGAUUAUGGAAAUAUCAAAACAGUUCGAAUAUUCCCUUCACAGAUUUGGACGCCGGAUAUCAAACUGUAUAAUUUUGCUGAUGAACGCUUACGUGAACACAGAGAUGCUCGUGUUGUAGUGUCAAGUAACGGAGAAAUGUUAUGGGUUCCACAAGCACUGUUUAAAAGUACAUGUGAAGUUGAAAUCACAUAUUUCCCGUUCGAUACACAAAUAUGUAUGCUAGAAUUUGGAUCUUGGACGUACGACAAAACACAAAUGGACAUAUCAUGGUGGAUUCCAGAUUCACCUCCCAUAGAAGAAAUGCCAUAUUUAGAUUUCUCAGAUUACGUACCAAGUAAUGAAUGGCGUACCGAUGGUGAGAAAGAACGUGAAGUACACCAUGUCAACCGUACUUUACAAAUUCGAUCGGUUAAGAAACAUCGACGUCGAAGUCAAACUGUUGGUAACGAAGUGAUCACAAGAGAAUAUCCAGUUUUACGAUAUUUAAUACGUUUGAGAAGGAACCCGAGUUUUUAUGUAUUCAUGUUAGUGAUUCCAUGUGUGUUGUUAUCAUCUUUAACAUUGGUUGUAUUUUGGUUGCCUCCAGAAUCUCCAGCAAAAAUGAUGCUUGGAAUGAAUAUAUUUGUGGCUUUUUUUGUCUUAUUAUUACUACUUGCUGAGUCUACACCAAGUGCCGUGAAAAAUUUUCCAUUGAUCGGUGUAUUUUUCUGUUUAAAUAUGAUCAUGAUCACUUUAUCAACAUUUUUAGCCACUAUGGUAAUCCAUCUUUAUUUUCGUGGUGAUCGUAAAGGUGCAGUACCAUAUUUUCUACGUCGAAUUAUAAUAGAAGGGAUUGGGAGACUAACAUUAGUAAGACAAAGAAUCCCACUGCCAGAUGUAAAGAAUUCAAAAAGGAAUGUUUUUGCAAAACAUCACAGAAAGACUCUUAUCUCCCAAAUAUCUCCUGCUAAAACCAAACAGGCUUAUCAAAACAGAUGUAAAAAUGAACAAAACAGAUAUUUUGGGGGUGGAUUUUUCCCGCAAUGUAGUGAAUCAGUCAAUCAACCUGCUUGUGGAGAUCAAUAUUUGGAAAAUGUCACCACUAACUGGUCUGGUUCAAAUGAAUUUCAAACACUUAAAGAAUAUUCUGGGAAAUCCUGUCCACAUAUGAUGAAAACGUCAAUCAAACUUAAUCAUCGAAUACCGGAAAUUUUACAGCAAAUUAUGCAUAAUGAUAAUAAUAUGAAUAAUUAUCCAUUCAGAAUGAUAAACUAUGAUGAAUCAGAAAGUUUUAAUUCGACCACUACACUUGAACGUGAUGUUAGAGAACUGAAAAAAUAUGUUAAAAUAGUAGUUAAUCGACAGAAAGAAACAACUCAUAAAAGUUUAAUAGCUAUGGAAUGGCGUACUUUAGCAAUUGUUUUAGAUCGUUUAUUUUUCUUCAUAUAUAUUACUACUAUUCUCAUUGCGGUUGUUGUUUCAGUACCAUAUAACAUCGAAUUAGAAAUACCAGAAGAAUUUCAAGAUUCAGAAGAACGAGUAAAAAACUGAUGAGUUCUUUUUUGAGGAAUAUACAUUAUUUGGUAAUUCAUUUCCUUAUCAUUACUAGAUUGCGAUUUUUUGGAAGGAAUACAGAAAAACACAACUAUCACAUCGUCUUUGCCCGUUAUUUGACUUAUUAAAUAAUACAUGAUGGUUAAAUUCAUAUAUAUAUAUAUAUAUAUAUAUAUAUAUAUAUAUAUAUAUAUAUAUAUAUGAAAUUAUCAUUUUUCCACCAAUUACAUUAAAUUGACUUACUUUCUUUUUCCCAAUCGAAUUGAAGAAUUCCCACAACGUGAACAUUUUUAUUCCUGAUAAGCACUUUUAUAAUGAUUUAUUUUUCUUUAAAAUGCUAAGAAUUACAUGUGCUUUUAUUAUUAAAAAAAUUGGACAUUUUUAUUCUUAAAACAACAAUAUGGAUUUAUCGAUUGUAGGAACUAAGUAAACAUCUAAGUUGUAGUUCUGUUUGUUAUAAGGAUAUAAUAAAAUCGAGAUUAUCUAAUUGGAGUGUUUCGAGUUGUUGUGAAUUGACUUGAGUGAGUCAAGAGGAAUUAAGCGAAUUCUCAUCCUAGAGUGAAAUACUUUAAGGGUGAUUAUCUAGAGCCCUGAGCUGUAUAAAACUCCGAACUUUUAGGUCUCGAGACGAUUUCUUCCGACUAAUAUUUCGCUACCGAUUCCAUCUAUCAACACCAGUCAACGGUCCCAACCGAAGCCUUAUGUAAUU